GUUCUCUCGCGUCCCUCCCAUGGAUAUAUGAAUAAAACAUGACAUUACAGUCGGUGCAGGCAGAGGUUGAGCUGAGCUUCUGUCUGCGCGUCGCGUCACUGCAGCAGAGCGUCGCGUUCAUGUGAUUCUGCGCGCGCGCUCACAGAUAAACACCGGCGAUAUUGAUCUGUGGAGAAACGGAGAAACCGAGAAAAACCGGCCGAUGCUCAGCGCGGGAGUCUGCGGGAGGAGGACUGUGCUCAGUGUUUAGUGGAUGCUGGAGGCUGUCAUGACAGAAAUCACGAGGAGGAAACAUUUCACGCGAGCGGAGGAAGGAGGGACGGAAAGUAAAAGAUAAGCGAGAUAUUCGUGCGGUUCCCUCUGCCUGCUGCCACCAUGUUUAAAAACAGCUUGAAAAUGCUGCUGACGGGGGGCAAAGCCAACAGGAAGAGCUGUAUCAGCAGCGAUGGUGGAAAUGAGGAUGGCGGAGACCUGCAGAGCGCCGCUUUGGAUCCCUUUCACAGCUACACUGGACCAGGGGGCAGUGUAGACAGUGACUGUGUCUUUGAAGGGGGUUAUUCUGUGGCUCCUCUGUCUGCGACGGAGGGUUUUCAGCACAUGCGUGCGAUGGAGGGAGUUUCUCGAUCUCUACCUUCAUCACCUUUACUCACACACCAGAUUUCCAGCUCGCACCUGCCGUCUGCUAGGAAGAUCUUCAGUACGGCUACAGGGGGGAUAGGAGCUGAACUCGGGCCCCCGCCGUCAGUGGACGAGGCAGCGAACACGUUGAUGACUCGUCUUGGCUUUUUACUGGGAGACAAAGUGAGCGAGGGCUCUGAAGAGCCGCAGUUCAGCAUGGAGGAGCCUGAUGACGCGCAGGGUUUUGGAGCCAGCGGGAGGAUGAGUCCAUGUUCCACCCUGACCAGCAGCACCGCGUCCCCUCCAGCCUGCAGCCCGUGCUCCACUCUGCCCUCCGCUGCUCCAGGACAGGCCGUCACCAGCCCCACAUCCACCCUGGAGAGCAGAGACAGCGGCAUCAUCGCCACCCUCACCAAUUACUCAGAGCCGAUGGACCGCAGUGGGAAACACGGCGACGGCUCUCGGGGAAGCAGCCUGAAGCUUUGGCACUCACACAGAUCUACACUGGAUUCCAGUCUGUACCGCGUGGAUGAGAACAUGACCGCCUCCACCUUCAGCCUCAACAAGAUCCCUGAGCCAAGCUCCGUCCACUACUCAUCUCACCCCACCCCCCUAUACCUCAUGCCCCGCCCCAACUCAGUGGCAGCCACGAGUUCGGCUCACCUGGAGGACUUGGCGUAUUUGGAUGAGCAGAGACACGCGCCCCUGCGCACCUCGCUGCGGAUGCCCAGACAGAGCUCCACCGCGGGCCGCUCCGGGCAGGACCUGCGAGCUUCCGCUAACAGUCAUGCCUGGCAGUCUCAGUCACUGCGCUUGGCUCCGUAUCGACUGCAGGACAUCGCUCUGAAGCCGCUGCUGUUCGAGGUGCCGAGCAUCACCAUGGACUCUGUGUUCACGGGCCGCGAUUGGCUCUUUCAGGAGAUCGACGCUUGUCUGCGCUCCACACACUCGGGCUCCAGCGCCGGCGUGGUUUUGGUGGGAAACAUCGGAUUUGGGAAAACAGCCAUAAUCUCACGGCUGGUGGCUCUGAGCUGCCAUGGGAAUCGCAUGAGACAGAUCGCCUCCGACAGCCCACAGGCAUCGCCAAAACAUGGAGAUGGCAUCCCUCUCUCACAGCCUCAGCCUUCCCAUGGUACACUGGGUGGAGGAAGCUGUCCGGGAACUCCAGAGAUGAGGAGGAGGCAGGAGGAGGCCAUGAGGAGACUCGCCGCUCAGGUGGUGGCCUAUCACUACUGUCAGUCUGAUAAUGCCUACACUUGCCUGGUGCCGGAGUUUGUGCACAAUGUGGCGGCGCUGCUGUGUCGUUCACCACAACUCACCGCAUACAGAGAGCUGCUGCUGAAGGAGCCGCACAUCCAGAGCAUGCUCAGUCUGCGCUCCUGCGUACAAGACCCACCCACAGCCUUCAGGAGAGGAGUGCUGGAACCCCUGCACGCACUUUAUAAAGAGAGGAAGAUCACUCCAGAAGAAGAUCUCAUCAUUCUCAUUGACGGUCUGAAUGAGGCCGAGUUCCACAAACCAGACUAUGGCGACACCAUUGUGUCUUUCCUCUGUAAAACCAUCAACAAGUUUCCAGCCUGGCUCAAACUGGUGGUGACAGUCAGAACAACUCUGCAGGAAAUCACCAAACCUCUGCCGUUCCACCAAAUCUCUUUGGACGCUCUGGAGGAAAACGACGCCAUCGAUCACGACCUGCAAGGCUACAUCCUCCACCGCAUCCAUAGCAGUGCUGAGAUCCAGAACAACAUCUCGCUGAAUGGCAAGAUGGACAACAGCAGCUUCGGCAAGCUCAGCUCCCACCUCAAGGCCCUCAGUCAGGGCUCCUUCCUCUACCUGAAGCUCACCUUCGACCUGAUUGAGCGCGGAUACCUGGUGCUCAAGAGCUCCAACUACAAGGUGGUCCCGGUCAGUUUGGCGGAGGUCUACCUGCUGCAGUGUAACAUGAGGUUCCCCACGCAGUCGUCUUUCGAGAGGGCUCUGCCACUGCUUAAUGUGGGCCUGGCUUCAUUGCACCCGCUCACCGACGAACAGAUCUACCAGGCCAUCAAUGGUGGCUCCGUCAAGGGGACUCUGGACUGGGACGACUUCCAGCAGAGGAUGGAGAACCUGUCUGUGUUCUUGGUGAAGAGGCGGGACGGCACGCGCAUGUUCGUUCAUCCUUCUUUCAGAGAGUGGCUCAUAUGGAGAGAGGAAGGAGAGAAGACCAAGUUCCUUUGCGAUCCCAGGAAUGGCCACACUCUUCUGGCUUUCUGGUUCUCCAGACAAGAAAACAAACUAAACAGGCAGCAGACCAUUGGUGUCCCGGCUGCUGAUCCUGGGUGGUGCGAAUGUGAACUACCGUACGGAGGUGCUGAACAACGCUCCAGUGCUGUGUGUUCAUGCUCAUCUGGGCUACGCAGACAUGGUGAAUCUGCUGCUGGAGAAUGGAGCCGGUGUGGAUUCGCCGUCUGAGAGUGGACUCACUCCACUGGGCUACGCGGCCGCCGCCGGACACCUCAGCAUCGUCACCUCACUCUGCAAGAGGAAAGCAAAGCUGGACCACUUGGACAAGCAUGGUCAGUGUGCGCUGGUGCACGCUGCUCUCCGAGGACACCUGGACGUGCUCAAGUUCCUCAUUCAAAACGACUGGGGUCAAACUCACCUCCAGAGCCCCUCCCCCACACAGUCCCAGGACACGCCCUCUCCAGUUUCACAACCACAGGCCACACCAUCCCCCACCCCACCAGAUGCCACGCCCUCGCCCACACAGGCCACGCCCACAGAAUCUCCACCCUCAGGCCCAGAACAGCAGGAGGAUCCAGCAGAGACGCCUCAAGAAGAAGAGCAGAAUCGGGAAGAGUCUCCAAAAGAAGAGGUUGAAAAACAGACGCAGGAGGACACACAGGCUGAGCGCUCCUCGUCUCCAUCAUCUGUGAGCUUUAAUAAGAGCAUCGCCAUCCAGCAGGCCCUUAUAGCUGCCGCCAGCAUGGGUUACACUGAGAUUGUGUCUUAUCUCUUGGACUUGCCUGAGAGGGAUGAAGAGGACAUUCAACGCGCACAGAUUAACAGCUGUGACACCCUGUGGGGUGAAACAGCUCUGUCAGCAGCAGCGGGACGGGGGAAGCUGGAGGUCUGUCGACUGCUGCUGGAGCAGGGCUCUGCUGUGGCUCAGCCCAACCGGAGAGGAGUCCUGCCUCUCUUCAGCUCCGUGCGCCAAGGACACUGGCAGAUUGUGGAUCUGUUGGUGUCACAUGGUGCAGAUGUAAACCUGGCUGAUAAACAAGGCCGUACUCCACUCAUGAUGGCCGCUUCAGAGGGGCACCUGGACACGGUCGAGUUCCUAAUGGCUCAGGGGGCAUCAAUGGAUCUUAUGGAUAAGGAGGGUCUGACUGCACUCAGCUGGGCAUGUUUGAAAGGGCAUCUGUCGGUAGUUCGCUGCCUGGUGGAAAGAGGUGCUGCCACAGACCAUGCUGAUAAAAACGGACGAACCCCUCUGGAUCUGGCUGCUUUCUAUGGAGAUUCAGAUGUGGUGCAGUUCCUGGUGGAUCAUGGGGCUUUGGUAGAGCAUGUGGACUACAGUGGGAUGCGUCCUCUGGACCGAGCUGUCGGCUGCAGAAACACAUCAGUGGUGGUCGCCCUGCUCAAAAAAGGAGCCAAAAUCGGAUGUCAGACGCUGCCGAGUCCACACAAAGGAGGUCCUGCUACCUGGGCAAUGGCGACAUCUAAACCUGACAUCAUGAUUAUCCUACUGAGUAAACUUUUAGAGGAAGGAGAUGGCUUCUACAAGAAGGGUAAAGUAAAAGAGGCAGCUCAGCGCUACCAGUAUGCGCUGAAGAAAUUUCCCCGUGAAGGAUUAAGUGAGGACUUGAAGACCUUCAAGGAGCUCAAAGUGUCUUUGUUCCUGAACUUGUCCCGCUGUCGGAGGAAAAUGAAUGACUUUGGAAUGGCAGAGGAGUUUGCUACCAAGGCUCUGGAACUCAAGCCUAAGUCCUAUGAGGCGUUUUACGCUAGAGCCCGUGCCAAACGGAGCAGCAGGCAAUUCGCUGAAGCACUAGAUGACCUGAGGGAAGCCAUAAAACUAUGUCCCAACAAUCGGGAAAUCCAGCGCCUCCUCCAGCGUGUGGAAGAAGAGUACAGACAAGUGACCCAAUCAGAAGAGCUAGAGCUUGAGCCACCUCCAUCUCCACCACCAUCUCCUUUACCAGUGGAAGAAGACGAGGAGCCCCCUCGUCACACUCCUCCUCCUGAACCAAGACUUGAUGACAUGGAACCUGUCCAAGACUUGUUUGAGGAUGAUGACUUCCUGGAACAAGAGCUAGAGGCUGUGUCUAUUGGUCUUGCUUCUGAUAUUCGCUCAAACACUUCGAGUCUUGCCAUCAUUCGUAGUCCACCCCUUUCUCCUGCCCAUCAUGACACUGGCUACCUAUCUGGGGGGCAGGCCUUUGAGUUCCACCCAAGCUCCUCUUCUAUGUCAUCUCCUACUCAUCAUAGUUACCAGUCAACUUCCCCUUGUAUUUCCCCAACACAUCAGAACUCCCACUAUCGCCAGAGUCCACCCCACACCUCACCUGCCCACCAGUCCUCCUACCGUUUCAGCCCGCCACCCAUGGGUGGUGGAGGGAACCAAGGGAUGGACUAUCAGAGUCCUCCACCGUCUCCUCUUCGACGUGGGGUUCCAUUCCGAGCCAGCCCUCCAGUUGAGAGUGUGUGUAUAUAUCGUUCCCAGUCUGGCUCUCCAGUCCGCUACCAGCAGGAGCCUUUACCUAGCCGUCCCAAAUCUCCACUUUUGAAGAUGAGCAGUCAGCGAUCCUUCCAGCUCCAAUCGCAACCAUCCCAGAGCUCCCAGACCAGCCAACACCACCAGGUUCAGGGUCUUCGUCUCCAGCCCUCUAUGGCACAAAUUGUACGCACUAACCAGCCCAGUAACAGUGUGUACAGCCAGUUGGCACAUCCACUCAGCAGCAGGUAUCAGGGUAGUUCCAUGGAUGUGGACAGGGAUAGAGAUCGGGAGCCAAGACUAGUGUACCAGCCUUCACUGGAUGGCCGUUCAAUGUCUCAAGUGCAAUCAAGCCUUAGUGUGGGAGCUCUUUGUCAGCACGGGGGUCGAGGUGGACCUUCUGGGGUUCUAGAGUCAAACUUAGGGAAAGACGAGCUGCCUCAACGUCCUGCUUCAGCCUACCGUUCAGCUACAGGUGGGCCCGGAGGCAUGCGUUUUAGCCAAACUCCACAGAUCAGCCGCAGCCAGUCGGCAGCAUACUAUCCUGUCUCUAAACAUGAACUUGAGAGAGCAGUGGCAGCCUCUGCUCUGCCUCCAUGCCAACUGGGAUCUCCAGAGAUUCCUCAUCUAGUGCGUAGACCCAUCAGUGCCAAUACAAGUGACCUAAAGCAGCAUGUACCGACCCCCAGACCUCUUAUUCACUCCCAAAGUGUAAAUCUUCGCUUCUCCCCAUCGAGCAGUAAUAUCUCCUCAGGCUCCAGCUGCAAUCUAGCUUCUGGCUUCAGGCCCUCCUCCUCGAUGGCCCAAAUGGAAAUCCCACUGCAGGUGGCAUAUGAGCGAAGCUUCGAUGAGCCAUCUGCCCUCUCGCCCUCUCAGAGCGGACACUACUCGGGUGAACCGACUCGAUCCCGGACCACUCCAUUCAUGGGCGUCAUCGACAAGACUGCAAGGACUACGCAGCAGUACCUUCACCAGCCUUCCCGGGCCUGGCCCGUGUCAUCCCUGGAAUCGGUCAUCACUAGCCCCACGUCCCCUGGCAACUUGAUCCACCAAGCCUCCACCGCCUCCUCCUACAGCCCUCCGACAUCUCUAGGCAAUAUUGCCUACUACAAUAAGACUAACAAUGCCCAAAAUGGACACAUGCUAGAAGAGGAGUAUUAUUCCCAGCCACAGCCAUCCUCCCUUGGCAAGCUUGCCAAUGGAGGGGCCCGUGAUCGAGACCUCCUGGAGCGGGUGAGCCAAGUGCCCACGUAUCAGGAUGUUAAGGUGGCCCGGACAAUGCCCGUGGCACAGGCGUACCAGGAGAACAUGUACCGCCAGCUAUCCCGUGAUGCCAGACAAGGUCCCACCUCGCCCAUCAAACCAAAGAGACCCUUUGUGGAGUCAAAUGUUUAAUAGGCACCCAAAAGGGUGGGCACAAAGGUGUGUGCGAAUGUUUGUGUCAGGUCUAACGCAAGGGACUGUGUAGGUGCAGCAUAUUAAAACCAGUAUUUCGAGUAGACAAAACUGCUUAGUAGAGUUACUUUUAAUAAACAAACAAACAGUGUUACAAAGUUGUGUUCAAAUACCUGUGCCUACUUCAGGUCAACUCAAUCUCCUGGUAAAAACUUAGUUUUUAGAACCUGGGUGGUGGACGGGCUCCGAAUAGUCUGAAAGGCACCAGUUUGGAGCAUUUGAAUACAGUAUGUAAAGGUAAAAAAUGUUCUAUAAAGCUCUGCACAUUAUAAGAAAGCACAUUUAUUCACAUUCCACAACAGAUGUCUACAUGCAGAGGAACGGAAUCGACAUCGUUCCCAGCAGUAAAGCAGAUAAGAAACUGGGGAGUCUAUGUGAGUUGAACUCAUUUCUUCUCUCUCUCUUACUUCCGAGUAAAACUAAACAGAUUUGCUAGGCUUUCUGGACGUCACAUUGUGGGAUUGUUCAAUACUGUAUAAAUCAGACAAAACCAAGCUGUAGUUACAGAAGGGAAAAGAGAAAUAUUUAUAAUUAAGUUAUAUAAUGUAUAGAAAUAUUUAGGCAGACAUCUGUCGGGUUUAUUUCGUUUUCGUUUUGUCAUUCUUUUUGUUGGGCAUUCGGAAAUGGUAUUAGAUAUUUUCAAAAUAGUAACUCUUUUAGUUUAUGCCUGGAGAUCUUUACGGUUCUGGCUCCCAAGCAGAAAUAUUGUAUGUAUCAAAAUUCUAAAUGGUGGAGUGGCAAUAACAUUAGCUAAUAAUCAAAUCCUUGUGAAUGAGAUUUUCAAGUAACCCUCACAUUUUAUGAACAAAGCUUCUGACUUUAUUUACAAAAUGAGUGGAGUUCAUUAUCGAGCACUGGAGUGGCUAUCCUGCCGUAUUUCAAGUCAAAGAAUGUAUCACACCAUUGACGUCUUAUGAACUCUACAGUAUGUAUACUACGCGAAGCUUCAGGGGCGUUUGUAAGGUAGUAAUACCAUUUCUUCUCCUCUUUUUUUUGGUUUCUUUGUUGUUAAGAAAUGGAAUAUUGGAGUAUAUCAAGUGAAGUAUCUUUGUUUUAACUUUUCUUCAGCCUGCACUGGCUGUCUGUGACAUUAUGAAGAAAGAGAGCACUUUAUUCGUUCGUAAGGACUGUAUGGAAUGUGAAUAUCAGGGGGAUGGAUAUGUCGUUUCAUUGUUUUCCUUCGGAACCAGGAUUCAACAUCCUUACUAACAAACAUUGAGUGAACACUGGAAAAUAACCUGUGAUUAGUUGUACUACUAGAAAAACAAAUAGCAGUCGUUGUCCUUGGUGCGAUUCUAAUUUUUCAUGCAAACGAAUGAACAAUAAUAUAAAAGAGCGAGAUUAUGUUUUUAAAAAGAUAUAAAGACGUGUAUAUAACAGCCUUUAAAGAGCGCAGUGUACUUGCUGUAUAUAGUGGCCAAACGUGAUCAUGCAUACGAAGCUCCUGCUCUCCGCUGCAAACACAUCGCCAAAUGCAGUGCGUGAGAAGGACUCAGUGGCAUAACACACACAAUACUGACGAGCAAACCAGCCGUUUUCAACUAGUGUAUCUGUUGUGUACAAAAAAAAAAAAAUCAAUAUUCAGCUAGUUCCUUUUCGAGUUCUCUGCUUCCGAAUGCAAUAUUAUUAACACGCAGAGCUUAAAUGUGGCUUUGGUCAAAUCCAAAAUACAGUAUAUGGACAGAUAUCGAAGUCUUAAAGACAACCAUAUUCACCUUUCUAUUGCUGUCAGUGUAAACCUGCUUGAAUUGAUAGAUGCCUCAUGGUCAACUUGGGGGGGAAAUGCUACAGAAAACACGACGACAAACAGUUAUCGAGAGCGAGGUGUAAUAUUAUUCUUAUUAUUUGUUUCGUUUUUCCGCUGUACAUAACCUGACGCAUGAUUUAUCCUCCAUUCCCCUUCAAAAUGGACACACACAGACAUUCGCGAAUCCGCUGUAUGUCUCCGAUAGAGGAACUAAACAAAUAAAGUUCACAGCUGACGGAAAAAACAAACGUAAAGACGUGACUUUCAUUAGGGUUUGGCCUUUCUUUUGAUUCUUCAGUUGGAUUUGAGUUGAUUUUAAUGUACUUGCUUGCUAAGCAGAGUUUCUCGUCUGUAAAUGUGAGCUUUCAGAGCGCUGUGACAACGUUUAAUGACUUCAAUAAACCAGAAUGUGUUUUUAUCA